UCGAGCCUCUCGCUACAUUUUUGCUUCUUUUUUUAUUUUUGGAGAGAGAUAGAGAGAGAAACGGGGAGAGAGGAAGAGAGAAGCUCGAGAUCCUGUCAGAUCGGACCGGAAUUGUAAGAAAUCUCUUCAUAUUCUUACUGUUUUGGGUUUGUUUCUUCUUGGUGAUGGCUCUGUUUUCUUGAAAAAAAGCAAUGUGGUUCGAUCUAUAAGUGUGAUGGGACUAGAACUUGCAGAUGAGGAAAUGGAUAGGAAGCCAAAUGGUGCCGUAGUGAAGUCAAAUGGUGUCUCUCAUGAUAAAGUUAAUGCUCUUCCUAAAACUUCAGGACAUAGUGUGGAAGCAAAGGACUAUGAGGAGAAGGAAUGCACUGCAGAAGAUUCAGUUAUUCAGAACCAUAACCAGAAACAAGAUGUGCUUGGCAUCAAAAACACAAAUUUUAACCCUGAUCAGGCUGAGGGUAAAAAUGAAAAGCCUGGAGCUCUGAAGUCGAAUGAUGAUAAAAAUUCAAGUUUUCCUGCUUCAAAAUCCGGUGGAGCGAGAUAUGCACAGGGACAGCAUACUAUCCCCCAGCCAUUUGCUCUGGCAACUGAAAAACGUGCUGGUGUGAACACUUCAAAAAAUGGGAAUAAUUUGAGUUCCCCUAUUGCUACAAAGAAUUCACAGCCUAAUUCACCUUCUACAGCAAGGAAGCCAUUGAACCCUGAUAAUAAGAAGCUUCCUGAUGAAGAAGAUAAUUGUUCUGUUGCGUCCUCAGCUGCAUCAGUGAGAACUGUUAAAUCUAUAACCAUUGGAACAGCUCCUACCUUUAGAUCUACCGAACGUGCAGAGAAAAGAAAGGAGUUCUAUGCAAAACUAGAGGAAAAACACAGGGCUUUGGAAGCAGAGCGAAACCAGGCCGAGGCAAGGUCCAAGGAAGAGCAUCAAGCAGCCAUCAAGCAGCUUAGAAAGAGCAUGGUGAUUAAAGCAAAACCUGUUCCUAGUUUCUACUAUGAGCCACCUCCACCUAAGGUUGAACUCAAGAAGCUGCCAUUGACUCGACCGGUGUCACCAAAACUAAACCGGAGAAAGAGCUGCAGUGAUGCAAUUCAGUCAUCUAAAGAUGACGUGGGGAAACAUUGUGCUCGGCACAGCAUGGGUAACCACAAAGAAGAUUUGAAUAUCGCUGCCACAGCCAAAACUAAGGUUCAGAACAGUGCACAGAACAUUAACGGCACUCGCAAGGCCAAGGACAGAUCUAAACAGGAGCAUGUUACAGCAAAAGUUGUUCCUGACAAGAUAAUUGAGGAGACAAAAGAAGACAUCACGGUUGAGUCAUAAACAGCUGGUUUUUACGAACUCUUUUAAGCGAGGGAAACACCUUGAAUUCCCUUAUUUGAUAUUUUGAGAGGGAAUAGCCUGCUUCUUUUUCCAUUGCGAUGACUUCUUUAAGUAAUCUGUGUCAAUGUGAAUUGUAUAUGUUUUGUAUGUUACAUCAUUACAUAUCAUGUUAUAUAUAAAAAGAGUUGAAUGAUUCUAUUUUGGACCAAA